AAAAAGCCAUUCACUUCACGUAGAACCAUUAACCGUAAUGGACACAGAUCUUAGUUUACCAAGAAAAUGACUUUGUAAAGUUGUUUUUCGGUUUCAAUCAAAGUGCUCUGCGUUUGUUAGUAAUUUUUACCGUCGCGCUAUAAUUUCGCAAAGAUAUCUGUGCCGCGAAUCGAUUUGUUUCAGUGUUAAAAGAAGACAUUCGGAUUACAUGUGUGAUUUGGUGAAUCUAAAGAAGUGUUGAGACAAUAACAAGAUCCAGUUUUGAUUUUAUUGCAAAAGGAAAUAAAAUGACGAAACUUACGGAGGAAAUGGUCAUUGCCCGUUCGAGACAAUCGGAUCUGAGUUCAAUCAAAAAACUAAAUUGCUGGGGCAGCGAAUUGAGCGAUGUAUCCAUUAUUCGACGGAUGCGUGGUGUGGAAGUGCUGGCCUUAAGUGUCAAUCGCAUAAGCAACUUAUCAGAUUUCGAAGAUUGCCAUAAACUUCAAGAACUCUACCUCAGGAAAAACAAUAUCCAAGACAUAAACGAUCUGACGUAUCUACAAGGCCUAAAACAUUUGAAAAACUUAUGGUUGGAAGAAAAUCCCUGCGUGGAAAAGGCUGGACCGAAUUACCGAUCGAUUGUGCUGCGAGCGUUGCCUAAUUUGAAAAAGCUGGACAAUGUUGAUGUCAACGACGAAGAAUUGGCAGAGGCGUUAAGCGGAGCAUCGCUAAGACAAGAAGAAGAUGUGUAUGAGGAUGCGUAUAGUGCCAAUAGUCAUCAUUCAGCGUCUGCAGCGAAUCAGCAACAGCAACAACAGUAUCAGCAGCAGCAAUACCAGCAGCAGCAACAACAACAAUACCAACAGCAACAGGCACAACAGAAACCAGCAUCAAAUCAACAACAAUAUCGUAACAAUAGUCCAGUGAAAGAGCAACCUCAUCAAAGUCCCGACUACAUAGAGGAAAGCAUAAGCGAUCCUCCGCUGGAUCGCAAUUCAAUACCUUCCUCUCCUUUACAGAGGACACCGCCAAAUCAGGAAUAUUCUCCCGCAGAGCCAACUCGACCACCAUCACCCAAGUACAACAAUAAUAAUCAUAGGCACUCCUACCACCAACCGUCAUAUGAUCGAUCACCUGGAUCCGAUCAUGAUAGUCAGUUGGUGAACAUAAAAGAUAGGGCACCAAUUGUACCAAGUAUUUCGUCUCAAUCGAUGAAGGAAUACUACCAAUCCGAUCGACCAACGCCAACCCACUAUCGUCACAGUCAAACCGAUCUAACCGAAUGGGAUGAAAGCCCACAGAACGAACAUAAUCGCCAAGUACCACAUCACCGUCGCAGCGGCCCAUCCGAACGAGAACCACACAAUUUUCAAUAUCGUAAUGGGUCUAGAGAGAAAGAAGACUGGGAAGAAGUGGAACGCGGUCGACGAGAGCCUAGGCGACCGGAUAGAUUCAAUGAUAAUGCGAGUGUUGUGUCGAAUGCUGUACUUAGCCACUACGCCAACUUCCAUCGGCGACCAGUGAAUCGGAGUUCGAAUUUACUAUCGGCAACUUUGUGUUUGGUGAAGGAACUGGAUUAUCCAAGUUUGGAAGUAGUUGAGCACGCCGUACGAUGUCGUAUCGAUGAGCUGGCUACCGACUGAUGAAGAAAUCACCAUCGUCGUCGUCAUUUUUGCUGAAUAAUCCUACCCUUCGUUUUUUGGUUUUUAGUUUUCAUUCAUUCGUUUAUCGAACAUUCGUUCGUUUGA